ACUUCUGAACUGGCCUAGCCCUGGAAGUGCUCUGCUGGUGGUUGCCAGCACCACCUUUGCAGCUCUGAGACAGCAGACACCAUGGCGGAAUCCUGGCGCUGCAAGAGAUGCUGGAAAGUCCUCAGUGGCAAACAUCCUCAUUGCCCCCAUUGCGGAGGUUGGAAUUGGGAUGGAGCCGAAGCCGAAGCCCAUCCUCAACGAGAUCGAAGUGGAUCAGCCAAGACUACACGACAAGGUCGUGGAAGACGCAGGCAGAAAAACAAGACCAGGACCUCCCUAUGCAUCCAUGACUCUGCCACCGCCUUGGAAGCCCGAUGGUGCGCCGUCCAAGGAGACAGCCUCAGCCUCCUCUGCGAUGGCAGCUGCCCAGGCGGAGCUCGUCAAGGAGAUUCGGGAGGCCUACACAGAUGUGAAAGACAUGCCGGACAACAUCAGGCGUGUGAUGGAAAAGCACGACCCCAACAGUGGUCGACAGCUCACAGCGUCAAUGAACAAAACCACCAAGGACUUGGAGAAGGCCAGAGACAACCUACGGAAGCUUUCCGAGGCCAAGUCCAAACAUCGCACUCAGUGGAUGAACCACAUGAAGAAUCUCAUGGAGACGCUCUCCAAACAGGUCGAAGCAUUCGAGACCCAGCAGAAGUCCUACGACGACAAGCUCAAGUCCACCCAGCGGGACAUCCAGGUGACAAGACGGGAGCUACGCAGACUGACAGCGCAAGCAGCUGCGGAUCAUACGACCGAAGUCACGGAGCCCCUUUUGGAGGAGGACGAGCAAGCGGACAAUGUUGUCGACGUGGAGGAGGAUGCGCUGCGCAACCAAGUCCGCGACCUGCUGGACAAGUGCUUGGGCCAAGCCGACAAGUCCAAGGUGGUGGAGAUCGACACCGACGAGGAAAACAUGGACACCAGUACAGAGCGAGGCAACAAGCGACCCAGAUCUUCAGACGCUGACACUUCAGUUGAGGCCUAUGACUGCAAUGAAGGCAGUUGUGCAGCAAGCUGGACGUGUGGCUACAUGCCUUGGCCCCUUCAUCCUCGCACGUACAACAAUGACCCUUGUGUCCAGCCCUUCAUGGCCAUUCACAAUGCAUACUGUCUGGCUCAGCAAUGUGGCACAUGGACACCCUAUCGACAUGAUGGCCCUGAUGAAGCUCCCUUGACCUCCUGCUUUGGCCCCUCGCCAGCCUUGACAUUUUCUGUCAAGAAGACCGGCGUGUCCAGAACAGUGAAUUUCUCCUCUACGAUUGAUUUUUUCAGGAUCAAUGAGGAUGAGGUCGGUAACGCCAUCAGAUACACCUCAGUGACAAGCAGAAUGUGCAGCCGCGCAUGCAUCACUUUACUGAUGAUCAUGUACGCCCAGCACGAGAACGGUUCCAAGAUGAAUUUCACCCACGGCAAACACCUGAUGAUCAUGCUCAUGUGCUUGCUCAACAACCAGCUCAUAUCCAAGACCUUGCACUCACUCUGCAUCAGCAAGGAGUCUUUGAUCCCCGAGCACAAGAAAGGUACAUCAAGGCUCCCAGAGGACUUCACCACCUGGAAUGAGAUACUCACCUCAGCCUGGCGGGAAUCUUUGGAACCACAUGAGGCAGUCAGAUUCUUCACGGUUGAACCAGAGCCGCCAAUUGCAGAGUGGGAGGAGCAUGACGCACAGAUCUUGCUGGUUCAAGCUCCGCAACAUUUUGAGAGGGCUGUGCUCUUCACGUCGCUGUAUCAUGCCAGGGAGCAAAUCGCUAUACAGAGAAUUGCAAGGUUCCAUCCAUCAGACAUCCGUCUUGCAGACUGCAUCGAAAAUGCGGAGGUGCCUAUGCAAGUGAGGCACCGACUCAUCCAUUGCUACUAUGGAUGGAGGCCUAUUCUCGACAUCCCGCACCCUGCCAUUGACAUCAAUGAUGGAGCUGCAAUAGUCCUGCACGUGCGACCUGAGCCAGAUUCACCUUGUCAACAACAACAAUACCCAUUUGACUUCCUAUGGGAAGAAGAUGCCUAUGUUCCACAGCACGCUAUACGGCAUGAAACGAGGCCUAGAAGUCGUUCACCCCGUCGGCAUCAACAUGGUGACGAUGAUGAAACCUCGCUCAUGGCAAGGCAGCCAAGACAAAUCCCUCGAGAUGAAGAAUAUGGUGAUGAAGAAACAGAAUCAAGUGCCUCUGCGUCAACAUAUGACAGCAAUGAGCCUUCUGACUUCUUUCACAUUUUUCAACUGCAAGCACCUAUGUAUGCUGCGAGGGUACGUAUGGACAGCUGGCCAUUGGCGUACAGUCAAAUUCGACAUGUGCUUGGACUUGACCGACAUGAAAUCCAGUACAUUCACAUCGCCUCAUUUCGGCCUGCUGAUCUAUAUGCCUCAGGCACAUUGGUGGCUGUGGUACAGCGAGCUCAUGAUCUACUACCUGGGGACCAUCGGCGCAUUGUUCUGAUUGACAUCGUUUUUCAUGAACAUGAAGCGGCUCUUACCACCACCCACCGCUAUGCCACCCUGGUCCGCAAAGAUCUCACCCGGCGCAUUCUCCUUGAAGAACUCAAGCUUCAGGAAUUUUGCAAACAGGUGAAGCAGCAAUGCAUCGUGCAAGUCAAUGGCAAGCACAUCCCUUUGUCAAGCCACACUCUGUUUGAAGUCCAACAUGCUGACUACGUGCGAAUUGACCUGCCACCGCACCCGAAGAGAACACUCCCCUCUAGAGCCAUCGCACGCUGUUUGCGAGAUGGGAUACAAAUCUCUGAGGGCCAACGUCAGUAUGACAAUGGAGAAACUGACUUUGAGUGGGAAACUGUUCAGAUUGAGCGGGAAGACGAUCAAGAAGAUGUCCAGAUGCUUCAAGUCCAAUGGGACAGGCGCCUAACAGCUGAGCAGGUGGCUCACACUCAGCGGCCUGAUCCUAUGCCGACACAGCUCAACCUUGAUAGCCUUAUCCCAGCCCCUCAGCAAUCUUGCAUAGAAUUCGCAGCAGUGCAGUGGCUGGGCAUCGAGCUCAACAAUUUGUCUCUUGACCUCAUUGCGGAGUGGCCAGAAGACCUACAACUGCAGGAGGUACAGAGUUGGGUUGACGACACCAUUGAUCUUGGAGGGGCUCGCAUUGACCAUCAAGCUGCUAUGUGCCGAUGUACUUUUACCACCCUGGAGAAGAAGAUCCCAUAUCAAUUCAGGACGAAGCAGCUGAAGCCGUCGCGGCAAGCGAUAGCAGCCCAAUUGCGGGAUCCUUCGUCUGCAGACUUCCUGCACAAAGCCUUGUCGAACUCAGAGUGGCACGUUGGCCCGCACCAGUCAGCUGACCACCUUGCAGAGUGCACGCAAAAGGCACUGAAUCACCUGAUUCCACGCACACAGCGAUGGCGAAGGAAAACACAUGUUGAUGCCGCAACCUGGACUCUGGUUGAAGAGAAGAAGCAGCUCUUCCGACAACUCAAAUCCAUGAAGAAGGUGCGCAGCAACACCAUUUUGGCUACAGUUCUGAAGUCUUGGCGAUCUUUGAAAACCAGUUCUACACAGAUGCAACCACAGAGCUGUCAUCACUCCAUCACAGAAUGGAUGAAGAUGAUUGAUCAUGCAAUCGCCAUCACAACCUCGCAACUCAAAGCAAAAGCCAAGAUGACCACAGCCGCCAUUCGCAAAGCUGGGCCGCCCUGCGAAACUUGGACAGCCGCGCGGCAUCAGCAGCAGGUGGACUCCGAGGGCAAUGAUCGUCGAGGACCUCGUCCCGUACGUUCUGCACAAGAUCCAUGGGGCCUUGCGAUGAUGUCAUGCAGUGAACUUGAGCAGGUUUUCGUAGGGAACAUCCUGCUGCUCAAAGGCCUUGUGCUGGCUUGCCUGGUCACCUUCACAGGUGGUGCCACCUUCUUGGAACAUCCGUCGAUGCCAUUUCAGGAAGAAUAUGCCAGCAUUUGGCGCCUGGGCCUCACUUGCAUGCUGCAUCGACCUCCUCAUGGACCCUUUCGCCGAGUGAGCGCUGAACAGUGGCGCUACGGUAGCUGCGGGGUCAAACCGACCAUGUUUUUGUACUCCAAUUCGAAUCUGCCCCAGGCAUUAGCAGAGUGUGCGAUUCCAGGUGCCACACGGCCCACACAGCACCUCAUAGGACAGAAUCCUGACGGCACUUUUCGAACAGCCCAAACCAAAGAGUAUCCUGCUCAGCUCAAUCAGGCAUUUGCACAGGCCAUUUUUCGUGCCAUGCAAUCUUGGCACAUGGCGCCUAACGAAGCUGAUGCAGAAAGCUAUGGUGCUGAAUUAGCAAAGGUGGCAGCAUGCACUGAGCACAACGACAUGUGCCCGGACUACCAACCACGGUA